AAUAUAAAGAAGGUGACAGUACCGCUAACUCCACAUUGGCAAGAGAAAUCUUCAAGUCUAUCUUCAAAGACGCAGAGAUGCUUUUCUCUGUCCUUCUUCUGCUGGGCGUCUGCCUGGUUCCUGCUCACUCCAAAGCAACAGGAGAACAUCUCGGCAGCCCUCUCCUUCAACAAUGUUUUGAGGAGGCCAAGAAAGUUGUGGAUGAUGCCUACAAGUACUCCAGAGAAGAGAGUCUGAGACGAGUCCGCAGAGAGGUGGUGCGCCCUCAUGAUGCUCUUCGUCUCUUGAAGCAGCCCCGUGGUGACACACGCUCUGCUGUUAGAUCUGCAGACUACAUGUCACAAACCCUCAGUCUGUUGCAAGCGAGGGUGCAUCACAGGAGCAGACGCUCACUCAAUGCAACAGAUCUGCUGUCUGAAGAAGAUCUGCGGAGGCUCGCCAACAUAACUGGAUGUGCAGCUCGAGUUGCUAUUCCAUCAUGCCGCACCACACCAAACCUCAACAAGUAUCGCACAGCCACCAGUGUCUGCAACAACCUAAAAAACCCUCGCCGUGGAGCCUCCAACACCCCCUUCGCCCGCUGGCUACCUGCCGAAUAUGAAGACGGCAUUUCCCUACCGAAAGGGUGGAACAAUCGAACCAUCAACAACUUCUUCCUGCCACUGGUGCGACAGGUUUCAAACAACAUCCUAAGCACAACAGAUGCAGGCGUGGUCAGCGACAGAGAGUUCAGUCACAUGGUGACCUUGUUUGGGCAGUGGAACGACCACGAUCUCACCUUCACGCCCUUCUCCCCCAGCAUCCGCUCCUUCAGCAAUGGUAUCAACUGUGAUGAGAGCUGUGAGAGAACUGAGCCAUGCAUCCCCAUCGCGAUUCCCCCCAACGACCCCCGGUUGCCCACUGGCCCAGACAGCUGCAUCCCUGCUUUCAGAUCCGCCCCUGUUUGCGGAACUGGAUUCUCGGCCUACAAUUUUGGUGGAGAGCCUGAAAAGAGAGAGCAGAUCAAUGCCUUGACAGCCUUCCUGGAUCUCGGCCAGGUGUACGGUUCUGAGGAGAUGCUUGCCCGGGAUCUUCGCAACCUCACCAGUGAUGGCGGCUUGCUGCGUGUGAAUACAGAGUUCAGAGACAAUGGCCGUGAGCUGCUGCCUUUCAGCCCUCUCCAAGCGAAAAUGUGUGCCACUCGCAAAAGAGUCACCAACAAUACCAACGCCAGAGAGGUGCCCUGUUUCCUUGCAGGUGAUGUCCGUGUGGACGAGAACAUCGCUCUGACAUCCAUUCACACACUGUUUAUGCGUGAGCAUAACCGCCUGGCUCGUGAACUGAAGAGAAUAAACCCACACUGGGACAGUGAGACACUCUAUCAAGAGGCCCGCAAGAUCAUGGGUGCCUACACACAGGUGUUUGUGUUCAGGGACUAUCUGCCUCACAUUGUUGGUAACGUUGAAAUGCGUAGGCGGCUUGGCCGUUACCCUGGCUAUAAUCCCAACGUUGACCCCAGCAUCUCCAACGUCUUUGCCACGGCAGCUUACCGCUUUGCCCACUUGGCCAUCCAGCCAGUCUUAUCCCGUCUGGAUGCAAACUACAGGGAGAACAAUCGGUUCCCAAGUGUCCCCUUGUUCAAGGCCUUCUUCACCCCCUGGAGGAUUGUCUUUGAGGGUGGCAUCGACUCUCUGCUCCGUGGUUUAGUCGGCCGUCCUGCUAAACUGAACACUCAGGAUCACAUGAUGGUGGAUGCUCUGCGGGAGAGGUUGUUCCAGUUUGUGAUGCAUCUGGCCUUGGAUCUGGGCUCUCUCAACAUGGAGAGGGGACGCGACCACGGCCUGCCUGGCUACAAUGCCUGGCGCAGGUUCUGCGGCCUGUCUCAGCCCAGGAACCAGGCAGAGCUUGCUCGGGUCCUGAACAACAGCAACCUGGCUCGCAGGCUGCUGCAGCUCUACGGCACACCCGACAACAUUGACAUCUGGCUGGGAGGUGUGGCAGAGCCGUUUGUCCAAGGUGGCCGUGUGGGGCCUCUGUUCGCCUGCCUCAUUGCACAACAGUUCCAGAAGAUCCGCCAGGGUGACAGGCUCUGGUACGAGAACUCAGGCGUCUUCACUCGGGCUCAGAGAACCGCUCUGUCCACCGCCUCCAUAUCCAGAAUCAUCUGUGACAACACCGGUGUUACAUCUGUCCCCACUGAUGCCUUCGGUGUCAUCUCAAACAGGAACCGGCUUGUCCGCUGCGGCAACAUCCGCCGUUUGAACCUAUCAGCCUGGAGGGACACACCCUGUUCAGGGCCGGGUCAUAGCUGUAAGGAAGUCAGUGGAGAAGAGACUGUGAACGAACUGGAUCCCCAGGACUUCGAGGACCUGCAGGACAACGAGGGCCUCCUGGACAACGAGGUCCAGUAGGACCCCCUGGCCCGAGAGGCCCUCCUGGACCACCAGCACAUGACAUCAAUGCUACACAGUCUCAAUCUGCCUUCGCCGUCCGCCUGGGCGAGUACAACCCAUCCUCAGAGAAAAUAAUUCAUUUCCAUCAGGU